AUGGGGCGCCAUAUCUUCGCAAUUAUGCUAGUCAUCUGGCUCGGCUUCCAAGCUCUAGUCUCACGGGCGAGCUAUCCGAUAGUCAUUCGGUUCUGUCCAACUUGUAAUGCGCGAUACGAUGUCCAGCAGAUGACAUUCUUUUGCCGCGACUCGCUGAAAUGCAGACAUGAAACCAUCAUCGAAGCUUGCGAUUAUAAGGACCAUUGGGGACAGGUCCGCAGAUGUCAUUGCGAUUUGAUAACAUACGAGUUUGUGCCCUGCUGCAGAAAUCACAUCGUCCCGGAUUGUCCUCCGGACUGUCGCCACCGAUCAACUCAAAACUAG